ACGGAGUUGUCGUUGCUGUGCGCGCGCUGUAGGUAGGCAGAGCUGCACGGAGGAGCGGCCUGAUUGAGGUGACUAAAGGCAACUGUGUAGGGGCGGGGCAAGAGUUACCGUCGACACUGUGAGUCAACUGAGAGAGGAACAGCAACAGGGCAAGGAUUCCUUGGGAGUGGAGAACUUGGCAACUUGCCUGCAGAUAGCCAUACCAUAGCAGACCAGAAGGGGUUGGGUUGUUGACCCCCAUAGCGGGCGGCCUGAACGUUCAUGACAUGGGGGAGGAGGAGCUAGGAACCGCCAGCGCCUGGCACUAAGAGUCGCCGCAGUACCAGGAGAGAGGGAGAUAGAUUGCCAGCCCGUUCCCUCACUCGCCGGGGUUACCGGCGUAAAUCCGAACGGCGGGGCACUGCCUACCUUGCCGAAGAUGGCCGACCCCGCGCCGGCCCGAAGCUUGGACGACAUCGACCUGUCUGCACUGAGGGACCCAGCAGGCAUUUUUGAGCUGGUGGAGGUGGUUGGCAAUGGAACGUAUGGGCAGGUACAUAAGGGUCGACAUGUCAAGACAGGACAGCUGGCUGCUAUCAAAGUCAUGGAUGUUACUGAGGAUGAGGAGGAAGAAAUCAAGCAAGAAAUUAAUAUGUUGAAGAAGUACUCCCAUCACAGGAACAUAGCCACAUACUAUGGUGCCUUUAUCAAGAAAAGCCCUCCAGGCCACGAUGACCAGCUCUGGCUAGUAAUGGAGUUUUGUGGAGCUGGUUCAGUCACGGACUUGGUGAAAAACACUAAAGGGAAUUCGUUGAAGGAGGACUGCAUCGCCUACAUCUGCAGAGAAAUCCUACGAGGUUUGUCUCAUCUCCAUGCACACAAAGUUAUACAUAGAGACAUCAAAGGGCAGAACGUGCUACUGACUGAGAAUGCAGAGGUGAAAUUAGUUGACUUUGGUGUAAGUGCACAGCUGGAUCGGACGGUGGGGAGAAGGAAUACUUUCAUUGGCACGCCGUACUGGAUGGCACCAGAAGUGAUUGCCUGCGAUGAGAACCCAGAUGCCACCUAUGAUUACAGGAGCGAUAUAUGGUCUUUGGGAAUUACAGCUAUUGAAAUGGCAGAGGGAGCCCCACCCCUGUGCGACAUGCACCCAUUCAGAGCUCUCUAUGGGUCGGAGGUCUCACCACCUCCUAAAACGAAAAAACACAAGGAAAAAUGGAGUAAAAAGUUUAUAGAAUUCAUUGAAAAUUGCUUGAUAAAAAAUUAUACAAGUAGGCCUACAACAGAACAGCUCUUGAAGCAUCCACUCAUCCGUGACCAGCCAACAGAGAGACAGGUUCGAAUCCAGCUCAAGGAUCAUAUUGACAGAGCACGCAAGAAACGAGGAGAAAAAGAUGAAACAGAAUACGAGUAUAGUGGAAGUGAAGAGGAGGAGGACAGUCAUGGAGAGGAAGGGGAACCCAGUUCGAUUGUGAACAUUCCUGGGGAGUCCACUCUACGUCGGGAGUUCCUGCGUCUCCAACAGGAAAACAAAAACAACUCUGAAAUUAUCAAGCAACAGCAGCAACUGGCAGUCCAGCGCAGGGACCCAGAGGAGCACAAGAAACAGCUAUUGCAUGAAAGACAAAAACGAAUUGAAGAACAAAAGGAGCAGAGGCGUAGAUUGGAAGAGCAACAGCGUCGAGAUCGAGAGCUGCGCAAGCUGCAAGAGAAAGAACAGCAACGCAGAAAAGAAGAAAUGCAAGCAAUGCGACGAGAGGAGGAGCGCCGUCAAGCUGAGAGAGAACAGGAGUACAAGCGGAAGCAGCUGGAAGAGCAGCGGCAGUCUGAGAGGCUUCAGAGACAGCUUCAGCAGGAACAUGCAUACUUGGUGUCCCUUCAGCAACAGCAGAAACAGCAGCAGCAGCAGGACAAGAAGCCACUGUACCACUACAAGAACAUGAACUCUGCUGACAAACCAGCUUGGGCCCGGGAGGUGGAAGAACGCUCCAAGUUGAACAGGCAGAAUUCUCCUAGCAUUAAGGCCAAAAUGGGCACAACCAUGUCUGAUCCUGCCUUGCAGUCACGGUCAGAGUCAAUAUCAAUCAAUUCAGCACCAGCAUCGCAGACACCCCCUAUGCAACGUCCAGUGGAACCCCAAGAACUUCAGCCCAAGUGUCAGGUUGCCCAACUCGUCCCUUUGAAGCCGUAUGCUGCCCCAGUGCCAAGGUCACAGUCCCUGCAAGAUCAGCCAACUAGGAACCUUGGUGCAUUCCCAGUUCAUGAGCCUGUGCCAACAGCGCCUCGAGGGGAAAUGGUACGCCAGAACUCGGACCCCACCUCCGAGACUCCAGUGCCGCCUCCCCGUACUGGAAACAAAGAUGAGAGAGGACCCUGGGUCAGAAUGAAUGAGGCGGACGUUCCACCCAAGGUUCCACAGCGAACAACGUCUAUAGCAACAGCUUUGAAUAGCAGCGGUUCUACUGGAAACAGACAUAUACAGGCAAUCCGAGCAAGCAACCCAGAUCUACGUAGAAGUGAACCUGGCUGGGAACGAUCAGAAAGCAUUUCCCUAACAACUAAUCAAAAUUUACCACAGACUGGUUCUUUAGAGAGGAACCGAAUUGGAGCCCCUCCCAAGAUUGAAGGAUCUCCAGUGCUUUCUCAAGAGAAUAAAGGAAAAGAGGAACCACGAUCUACAUUCCGACCAGGAAGGCCUGCGAGUUAUAAGCGAGCAAUAGGCGAGGAUUUUACUUUGUUUGGCAAAGAGCGCAAUGAUGAUGUACCAAGACCCCCAGCCAAAGUGAUGGACUACUCUUCAUCUAGUGAUGAAAUUGAGAGCAGUGAUGAAGAGGAAGACGAAGAGGGUGACACUGAGAGGCAAGAAGAGACUGCAGAUUCAUCUGUGACACGCAUACGGAAGUGCCAAGAUGGAGACACUGAUAGUGUAAACACUAUGGUGGUUCAUGAAGAUGAGGAGCCACCAGUUGUCAACACUACAAGUAAUACAUAUGGUGAAGACACUAUGAUUGUGCAGAGGACUCCAGAGGAGGAACGCAGUCGACUACAUGCAGACAGCAAUGGCUAUACAAACCUCCCUGAUGUCGUGCAGCCCAGUCACUCACCCACUGAAACCAAGGGGCAAAACUCCUCUCCAGACAAGGAUAGCAGCACUGACUAUCAGUCUCGAGGCCUUGUGAAAGCUCCAGGAAAAAGCUCCUUUACAACAUUCGUUGACCUUGGCAUGUACCAAGGUGGUGGCGGUGGUACAGAGCCUGUGCCUGUUGGAGGUUUUGUUAGUGCAGAUCCAGUCAGAUUUGAGCAGCUAAAAUAUGAAGCAAGAAAAGGAUCGGUUGUUAAUGUGAAUCCAACCAAUACACGACCUCAUAGUGACACUCCAGAAAUACGCAAGUACAAAAAACGCUUCAGCUCUGAAAUCCUUUGUGCUGCUCUAUGGGGAGUAAACCUUCUGGUUGGCACUGAAAAUGGGUUGAUGUUGCUGGAUCGUAGUGGUCAGGGCAAGGUCUACAGUCUUAUCACCCGCAGGCGAUUUCAGCAGAUGGAUGUAUUGGAAGGGCUAAACUUGCUCAUCACAAUAUCUGGCAAAAGGAACAAGUUAAGGGUGUACUACUUGUCAUGGCUUAGGAACAAAAUCCUUCAUAAUGACCCUGAGGUUGAGAAAAAGCAAGGAUGGACUACAGUUGGAGAUAUGGAGGGCUGUGUGCACUACAAAGUUGUUAAGUAUGAGCGUAUUAAAUUCUUGGUGAUUGCUCUGAAAAGCUCAGUGGAGGUAUAUGCUUGGGCACCGAAGCCUUACCACAAGUUUAUGGCAUUUAAGUCUUUCACAGAUCUUCCCCACAAGCCAUUAUUAGUAGAUCUAACUGUAGAAGAAGGUCAGAGGCUAAAGGUCAUCUAUGGUUCCAGUGCUGGGUUCCAUGCCAUAGAUGUGGAUUCUGGGAACAAUUAUGAUAUUUAUAUUCCUGUGCAUAUCCAAAGUCAGAUUACACCUCAUGCAAUUAUCUUCCUGCCAAAUACGGACGGUAUGGAGAUGCUUCUGUGCUACGAGGAUGAGGGUGUUUAUGUGAAUACCUAUGGGAGAAUUAUCAAAGAUGUAGUACUGCAGUGGGGAGAGAUGCCCACUUCUGUCGCGUACAUCUGCUCUAAUCAGAUCAUGGGCUGGGGGGAGAAGGCGAUAGAAAUCCGAUCAGUGGAGACAGGUCACUUGGACGGGGUGUUUAUGCACAAACGAGCCCAGCGGCUGAAGUUCCUGUGUGAGCGCAACGAUAAGGUGUUUUUCGCCUCGGUCCGUUCUGGAGGAAGUAGCCAGGUGUACUUCAUGACAUUAAACAGAAAUUGUAUUAUGAAUUGGUAAUAAUUAAAUAAAGUAUCUAUGGAUGCUGAGUGACAGUGGCAAAAUUACUUCAGACACUGGAUUGUACAUAAUUUAUCUUCAAAAGACUUAUGAAAAAAGAUGCCUUGAAUACGUUUCAAGAAGCUUGCUUUAAAAGGAUGCAAUUAUUUGUUGGAGCCUUGUGGGAAGCGAUCUCAUGCCUACAUCUUUCUGGUCACUUGACUUGCCUAUCAUGCUUUGAUAAUGGAAUGCCUACUAUAUGAUCGGUGGAGGACAAUCACAUUAUGAAUCUGUGCUUUGAGUGUUCAGAAUGUAUUGUUUGCACCCCUCUUGACUCAUGGUCAUUUCUGUUAGGUGUGGCAGUAAAAGGCAAAUAUAAUUAUAUGGACAUCAAUUUGGUCAUGUAAAAAAUAGUUUAUAUUUUUUAUUGGAAGAUUAGUGCUGGGGAAUGUGAAAGUUCUCCUUUGUAUUCCCUUUCCUGAAAUGCAGAAAUUGACAUUUUGUACAGUGGACUGUUCUCAAAGUAUGAGAAAGCAGAUGACUAUGUUAAUUGGUUAUUCAGUAGAUAGUCCAAUCUCCUCCUUUCUUUAUGCUUUAUUGUAUUUUAUAUUUGUGGAAAACUGCUUUACAUGUGAGCUGUAAAAUGGAUCAGGAAGGGACAAGCAAGUCUAAAACAAAGAAACCGUGAAAUAUGAAGGCCAGAAGCUAGGUAACGUGUAUCUGUAUUUGACUUUUUAAUGGGGAAUGAAAUUUAGGAUCUCAGUUGUAGCAGCAUGCCCUCAUUUACCCGUUAACCAUUUCCCAUGGUUUUGGAGGGGUCCUUCCUUCUAAUGUAGCCUUCCUCCAGCAAAGUAUGCCAUAAUUUCCUAUUUUUAUGUUUUUAUUUUUUUAUUAGCUGGCAUCCUCUGUCUUUGUGAUGGACAGAAGUUGCUUGCACAGCUGUUGUCUUGGCGUCUUUGGAGUUGUCACGUGAAGCUAAAAUGAUAUUAACAAAUAAGAACAAAAUGUACACGACUGUGUGUGAUGUGUACAUAUUCUGUUCUAUUGGGGUUCUAAAGCAGUAGUCACUGUGUUGUAUGUGCAUGCCUCAUCAUUUGCUUACUGUGAUGUUUAGAAUGGCAUGCAUAAUACUUAAAUCAUCGUCUGGUAGUUGUCAUCUGUUACAGCUGCGUGACUUCAUUAUCAGCUGUUAGAUCUUGCAUUUUUCUCCGAUUAACUUUUUAGAGAUUUUUAAUUAUAACAGUCCUUGAUGUGCAUCAUGGGGAAAUGUAAUGCUCAUGUCAGAGUUGGGAAGACUAGUUUUUUCUUUCUGAACACCUCAGAGGAUUUUUUUAAAAAUCUUUUGAUGUGCAUCAUAUUCUAAGACUAUUAGUUUGUUGCGUGAACCAGUGUGUUGAUGUCAUCGUAAGGUUGCAGGACGACAUGAGAGAGAACAUCCUUCAUAUGUGUACCAUACAGGUAAUUGCCUGCAUAAGAGGUGGACAAGUAAUGCUUUAUCUGUCUUCCGUUACUUCUGAUGCAGUUUCCAUAAUGGAUCAUUUUACUUGGCAUAAUUUGCUUUCCAAGAUGGACUAUUUGUCUGGUUCACUAUUCAUUGCAUUAAUGUACUGAUCUGAUUCAUACCAAGAUGAGUAUUGUCCUGAUAUAUUUUUGUUUAUAUUUGACCCACUUCUGUUUAAGUGCAAUGAAAUUCCAGUAUGCAAUACUAUUUUGACCUGCUUCAAUAGAGGCCUUCGAGUGUUAUAAUUGAAGAAAACUAAAAGUAAUUAGCUCUGAAGCAGUAGUCCUGUUGAGAUUAAAUCUUAAUGUGUUUGUGCUGGAUUAAAUGGCAUGCUGGACUGCAUGUGUCAUGUCAGUCCUGCUACAGGGUAUAAAUUCAAGAGAGGUGAUUUUUAAACACUUUGGGCUUCAGUUCUUAUUUAGGACAUCUCAGAAGCGGUAUAGUUGUAACUUUAAAUUAGGAGCAUUGAGUGUUUGGUAAAGCUCUAUAUUGCAUCCCUUUGGAUAAGAUAUUCCAUCCCUUUGGAUAAGAUGGAGCAAGUCCAACUUGCACGCUGCAGGUAUUAAUUUGUGGAGACAUUGCUUGAUGUGUUUAUUGCACAGCCAUGAUGAAAUAUGGAAUGACUGAGCAUUGCUGUUUUGAAGGACAGAUAACUGUUAUAGUUGUGGUUACUGGUAAAUAGACUGCAUUUUUUUUUUUCAUGUUUUGGGGGGAUACUUGUGCUCCUUUUUAUUGCAUUUUUUCAGUGAGGACGAUUUGCAGGAAAAGGACAUCUUUGAAGAUUACAUUUCAUUCUGGCCUGUUCUAUGAUUUCUAGCUGAAGAAGAAACCGUUAAGAGUUGUAUAGUUUUCUAGGUAGAAUUGUAAAGUAGGGAAUGCUGUUUUAAGAAACACCCAGGGGAGAAUGCUACAUUGAGUAAGUGGACCUGAAUUCAUUCCUUGCCAUCUGUCUUACAUGAUCUUGUGUUAAUUUCAUCUCAAAAGACAAUACACAUUACCAGGUGGUGUUACAAACUU